AGCUCCCAUUGUUGCAGCCUUCCUCAGCCCACUGAUCCUAAUAUGGAAUGCAGCAGGAAACCCAUGAUUUCCUGACACUCGGCAAGCUGGAGGAAGCAAGGGGAAAAAACUCCAUUAAAAAGCCCAGCUCUCCUCCAUGUUAGAUGUGACUUAGAAAAUGAGAAAGAUUUAGCAAAAUUCCACUGUGUCUUUUGCCAGGCUAGAGACGGGGAGAGCAGAGUAAAACCCUCAGGCUGCUGAAAUUUCUAGGCUGUUAGGAAGCCCCUCGAAUUCUGUGAAAAUGAGGGUUUCUUAAGUCACACUGAGAGCGGAAAGGGGCAGACCCUUUUCAUAACUCCCUCAAGUGUGUGUUACCUUUCUUUACCAGCAUGGUAAGCAACAGGGCAUAUCCCAGCCUCGGACAUGUCUGUAUGAUCCAAGGUACCCAAAGUCAGACAGAGUAAACUCAAGCCUGGCACUGGCUUUCCGCCGCUUCAUGUGCUUUGGAAGAAGCAGGAGAAGCAAUAGCAGCAGGAGUCCCCAGCAGCUGGAGCCGCAAGAAUGAACUGCAAAGAGGGAACUGACAGCAGCUGCGGCUGCAGGGGCAACGACGAGAAGAAGAUGUUGAAGUGUGUGGUGGUGGGGGACGGUGCUGUGGGGAAAACCUGCCUGCUCAUGAGCUACGCCAACGACGCCUUCCCAGAGGAAUACGUGCCCACUGUGUUUGACCACUAUGCAGUUACUGUGACCGUGGGAGGCAAGCAACACUUGCUCGGACUGUAUGACACCGCGGGACAGGAGGACUACAACCAGCUGAGGCCACUCUCCUACCCCAACACGGAUGUGUUUUUGAUCUGCUUCUCUGUCGUAAACCCUGCCUCUUACCACAAUGUCCAGGAGGAAUGGGUCCCCGAGCUCAAGGACUGCAUGCCUCACGUGCCUUAUGUCCUCAUAGGGACCCAGAUUGAUCUCCGUGAUGACCCAAAAACCUUGGCCCGUUUGCUGUAUAUGAAAGAGAAACCUCUCACUUACGAGCAUGGUGUGAAGCUCGCAAAAGCGAUCGGAGCACAGUGCUACUUGGAAUGCUCAGCUCUGACUCAGAAAGGUCUCAAAGCGGUUUUUGAUGAAGCAAUCCUCACCAUUUUCCACCCCAAGAAAAAGAAGAAACGCUGUUCUGAGGGUCACAGCUGCUGUUCAAUUAUCUGAGGUUGUCUGGGACCUGCCUCCACCCCAUCCAGGGAUGAGAAUGGCAGCCAAUCUCUGCGGCCAAACUCCAGCCAAAAAGGAGGGCACGACCAGAAAGGAAUCCCCUUUGCACGGAGGCUUGCCCCGCCACCCUGUGAGCCCUCCCAACACAGCACACUAGUCAGCCCACUGCCACGACCUCCCUGCCAGCCAGAAGCAUCCAUACUGCACACUAUCUGAGAAUGCUGGGCCUGGAUUGCAGACAGUGCCGCUGCUAAUCAUAUCAAAAACAAAGUCAAAGGCCAUCUUACAUUUUACAAAUCCCCAGCUCAUGAACGUGAAGCUGAUAGGAAAUCACCCCAGGGAACCCGAAAAAGAAACUUGGUUCCUCUAUUGGUGGCCUUACUUGAUGUCUUUUACAAAACUUGGGGCUACAAUACUAACCUUUUUUUCUGAAUCUGCUGUUCUACCCAUGUGUCUCACAUUCAUUUGUAUUAUUUCAAGAAAUGUACUAAUUUCCAGUUCACUCAGGCCUUACAAAUCCAUACCAAAUUAGCCUAAAGACAAGGCAUUUUAUAUUCAUUUCUAUUUUCAGCAUGUUUCUACCAAAGCUAUUAGAACAAACACGUACCUCUGAAUGCCUGAUUACAAGAAGACACGAGAAGACUUUAAAAGUUUUGGAAAUUUACAGAGCCAUGAUUUUUGAACCUGACUGAAAGAAAACCAUCUGAAUUGUUGCAGGUCCACAUUUUUGCCAAAGAUGCACUCUACAAAUGCUUAGUAGUGGCCUGAUUUUUUUCCAUGUUAUAUUGCCACAACAAACUAAAAAUGAACUAUGUUUAAGAAUGUAGUAUUUCUGUUUUUCAUCCAAGUUGAUUGGGGGAAGAAUAUGGCAGGAUCCAUCUUCUACAGUAUUGUGUGUUCAGUAAAGUGGACAUUCCUGCUCCUCCCUUCCCCCAUUGCAUGCCCUCUUCCUCCCUUGAAUUCACUUUCUCUCAUGCCCGGAUCCCUUUAUUCUCUCCAGUUAUAACCCAGUUAUAAAAGAAAGAUCUGAGCAUAAAAAUAUGUGUUUAAAAAUACCUAAAAGUAAAGGAAAGUGCUUUAAUUUUUC